UUCAAACCUAUGGAAGUGGAGAAGGGAGGAGGUGGGGGGGGAGGAAAGAAAGGAAAGGGCACCAGCUGCUCCACAGCGUAAAGAGGCAAACAAGGAGCCUGCUGCAUGAUUCCUGCUGCCUGAAGAUCCUCUUCCCUAGCCGAGGGGCUGAUGUUAAAGGUAAGAGAGGUGAAAAGAAAGAGCUUUUAGCUAGAGGCUGCGCCGGGAGGCGGGUUCGCUCAGCAGCAGCAGCAGCAGAGCUCGGGGGGAGCUGCCCAGGCAGGAGGAGCCGCGAUUCCCUGCACUGUUUGGAACCGUGUUCCUAAACAUUGAAAAGCCUACAGGUUUUCCAGCAGGCAUCCAGGGCUUUCAGAGCAAACUGCUGGGGGGACGAAAGUCCGAGCGGCUCAAAUCGGCUCCUUGGAGAAGAUGGAAAAACCCCCUCAAGCAAUCUCCGACCUAAAAAAACCCUAACCCUUUUCUAAAGCUGGUUAGAAAGUUACCUCAUGGUUAUGGCCAGCUUUGCUCUGCAGCUUCCAAAUCUCACCCCAGGCUCUCCCGAUUCCCAGAUAUCCCCCCAUCCCCUCCUCCUCCUCCCUUCUUUAAUCGGCAGGAAAACCAAUCCCAGCCGUGCAGAGGAAAAUCCGUGACGAAACCAGCUUUUCCCCCUGCCCUUCCCCAUCCCGGCUCGGCCAGGCUGUGUCCUCCGGUUCAUCGCUGGGGAAACCCGCGUUCCCCGUUGUCGAAUUGGUUUUCAGCUGCUCCUUCUGCCCGGGGAACCGGGGGAUGCUCCGGGAGGCAGCGCAGCCCGGGCAGAGGGACCCGGCCGAGCUCCCCGGCGUGGGGCGGGCUCAGACACUGAGCAGCCCUCCCUGCCCAAUGGAAAACGCUUCCUAACCAGCCCCCCGAGUGUCCCCCCCUUGCCCACAACCCUUGCCCAGACAUCGGGCCCGUUCUUGGGGCCCCUUUCCCCCCCCCCCCAAGAAGACACCGAUGGCUGCAGCGUUCCGUCGGGUUUCCUCUCCGAACAAAGGAAGGCGGAGGAUCGCCCGGGGCUGGGGGUUUUAAAAGAUGAAGGGGUGAAUUUUCCCCAAGUCCGGCAGGCAGAGCUUUCGUGCUGGACUCUCUGGGCUUGUUUUCCACGCACACAAGAAGGAUCCAUGAGGGCUGUCAGGGAGGAAUCGGGCUGAAUCCCGCCCGGACACCGGCACCAUCGCAGCCCCGGCCCCUCCGCCCUGUUCCACCUGAAAGACAGUGCAGCAGCUGUGCUCUGUGCACCCUCACACAGCCUUGCCUUAUGCCCCUCUGACUGCUUUUCAAGACCUUCAUGUUUUCCCCAGAGGGGAGGUGAGGAAGAUGACAUGAAAAAAAAACCCCAGUCAUGCCUCCAAACCAGCAAGAAACCAUCCUGCUGAGAAGCAUGCACCAAGGAGAACAGGGGGUUGGAGGCUUCGUCCCACUGAAGCUCAGCAGCUCUAGGAGAGGACUGUGCAUCUCCAGCCCUCAGAAGCCAGAGCACUGGAGCACAUGGAGCUCAGGUUGAUGAUCUCCACCCAGCCCACGCUGCUGCCAGAAGAGAGUUCUCCAACCUUGCCCCCAGAAGAAAACCAUUUGAGAGAACACAGCCCUACGCCACCGAAUCCUUCCAGUAAAGAAGUGCAGGACAGAGAUCCUUCAAAGGUCCUGAGCAGCAGAGCAGGGUACAGAUUCCCUUCUGCCCUGCUGAAGGACUGUGCUCAGCAACCACAAGAAAGCCAGGGCCCUCUCCUUGCACCCAGUUUUGCUUGCAAAAGCUGAAACAGUGGUUUGUGCUGUGGUGCUGGCAGCUGGACUGAAGCUCUGCUGCUGCUAACGUAUGCAAGGAGAAGAAGAAGAAAAAAAGGCCUAUAAUUUUUGGAUAAACAGAGGUGAAAGUUCAGCUCUGCUGCUUCAGCAAAGGAAGAACCAGCCUGGAGCCACAGCCCUGGGUGAGGGUGGUCAGAGAAGGCUGGGGUGAAAGGAGGGCUUCAUGUGGCUGCAGGCACCUCCAAGGAGGUGAGGAAAGGCAACAAGGAGCCAAAAAGCCAAGUAAUCACCAAGGAACCACUGGAAAUUGUGUCAGGGCAAGCAAAGAAAGGAAGCUUUUUGGGAGGGAUGCUGGCUGGAAAGAGUUUUGGAACCAUAAGCAAACAAACUGAGUCCUGUUGGUGGUUCAGGGAAACAGGACUCUCUUAUUUUUUUAUGUUUUUUUCUUUGAAAAUAAACAAGGCUACAUCAAAGGCACAGCUACCUCCAUCACCAGCUUCUACUCCUGAGAGAAAACAACCUGUAAAUCUUCAAGUAAUGGGCCAAAGAGUGUAACUCUGCUUUUCAUCAGUUUUUUUUCUUUGCAUCUUUUCUUCUCCGGAUCAACACUGAACCCAGCAAUGCUAUUAUAAAGCCAUCUCUCCUUCCUGAGACACAUGAGGGUCAAAAAAGAGCAGCAUUCCUACAGUCCUCCAUCAUCAGGUUGAGGUUCCUUUGCAAGCAAAAAAAGUCCCUCUUAACAAGAGUAAAACAACCCAAACUCUGCUGGGAAUUUUGGGGCGAGUUGUAUCAUUUCUGGGCUGUGGCUGAAGGCAGCAGUGGCUGGGGAAGGCCAAAGCACAUCAAGGGUUAAAGGAGUGAUGUAAAUGGAGAGAGACAUUCUCAGGGAAAACAAAAAGAGAGUCAUGCCCUGAGGAUCAGUGUCUGAAUAUGGGGAUGAAAGGAUUCAUGACCAAACCACAGUAGCAAGGUGUCAAGCAGCCUCCCUGGAAUGCAUUUCUCCAGGAGGAGAAGAGCUCACUGCCUUAUUUUAUGGAUGUCACUGAAGUAGACUUUGAAAUUCUUCGGAAGCACACCACAGACUUGGCAUGGGAAACCACAGCAAUCAUACCUGUUUGACAGAUGAUACCUUUAAGUACAACUUGUACGGAGCUGUCUACAGCGUGGUCUUCAUCCUUGGCCUGAUUACAAACUGUGCCUCCCUCUUUGUCUUCUGCUUCCGGAUGAAAAUGCGCAGCGAAACCGCCAUUUUCAUGACAAACCUGGCUGUGUCCGACUUGCUUUUCGUCUUCACUCUGCCUUUUAAGAUUUUUUAUAACGUCAACAGGCACUGGCCUUUCGGAGAUAGCCUCUGCAAGAUCUCUGGUACAGCAUUUCUCACCAACAUCUACGGGAGCAUGCUGUUCCUCACCUGCAUCAGCGUUGACCGCUUCCUCGCCAUCGUCUACCCCUUCCGGUCCCGCACCAUCAGGACCAGGAGAAAUUCUGCCAUAGUCUGUGCUGGUGUUUGGAUCCUGGUCCUCAGCGGUGGGAUUUCAGCCUCGCUCUUCUCCACAACCAACAUCUCCAACACCAGCACCACCUGUUUCGAAGGUUUUUCCAAACGGAUUUGGAAAACCUACCUGUCUAAGAUCACUAUAUUUAUUGAAGUGGUAGGAUUCAUCAUUCCUUUGCUGCUCAACCUCACCUGCUCUUCUUUAGUUCUCAGGACUCUCCGGAAACCUGCCACCUUGUCCCAGAUUGGGACAAACAAAGAGAAAGUAUUGAAAAUGAUCAUCGUGCACGUGGCCAUUUUUGUCGUGUGCUUUGUGCCUUACAAUUCCAUACUCUUCUUGUACGCCCUGGUGAGGUCCCAAACGAUAGCAAAUUGCUCCUUGGAGAGGUUUGCCAGGACAAUGUACCCAAUCACGUUGUGCAUCGCAACACUCAACUGCUGCUUUGACCCCUUCAUCUACUACUUCACAUCAGAAUCCUUCCAGAAGUCCUUCAACAUAAAAACCCAGAUAAAAAUGGAUUCUCUUUUCAAGACUGAGACGCCUCUAACCAAGACGGCGCUACCAGCACCACAGGAUGAGAUAAGUGACCAGGCUAUCACCAAUGGAGGAGACCCAACAUCUGAAUCCCAUUUCUAGGGAGGUGUUUACACAUGGAGUGAUCCUCCACUAACUUCCCAUUAACACCAUGCGUGAAGCAGUUGUUUCAGAACCAUGUGGGUUCUCACCUGGUGUCAGUGAAGACCAGUUGUUGGUGGGUAACUCCACAGGUAGACAAAUCCUUACACCAAGAUGGUCCCAACAAACAUGGGAUAUAAAAACCCCAGUAGGUCUCCCUUUGGAGAGUAUGGAUGGGUGACAACAUAUUGCACCAGCUAAGGAGGGAAGAGAAGCUCCUUUAAAUCAGAAGAUGCCAACAUUUGGCACUUUCCCCCAGCAGGUGACACGGGACCAGUUGUGAGACAGAAAAUGUGAUUUUCUUAGAGAUACCUGCCAAUACUUCAUGCCUUCUGGAGAUGCAUCAUCAUAUGUUAACUCAAUAACUUCACACAUUAUGUACGUUUGCUUAAAAAAGGCAUAAUAAAAGCUUUUGGCUUUUCCUUGUUUCA